UCUCACUUCAUUUGCCAACAGUCAAAUGGUUUCUGGGGAUGCAGUGACAGGGAGCUGAUAGUUGAUUUAAGUGUCUGCUAGUCAAAUUAUUUCAUCUGGAACUCAAAGUAGUGAGCUGGACAUUGGAGGCUCAUCAAGCAGCACUUGUUGUUUCUCACUGAGCACAUUGCAGCACAAGAGACGGCAAAACAAGGCAUCAGGACAGGUAAGGACACCGACUGAACACAUUAACGCUGAGGCUGCCGCUCAGUCGAUUGAUUGUUAAGGUGGUUGACAAAGUUUUUAGUUUAGUGGGGGUUUUUUUAGUUUUUUUUUUAUGGUCUUUUACAAGCAAUGAGCCAGUUUUUUUUUAGAAAAAAAUAAACUGUCAUAUGUCCGGCAUUGUAAUAUUCACAAACAUGCUGUGGUCUUUAAUCUGCCUGUUAAGAGAUCCAUGACUGCAUUCAGUGGCCGAGCAAUUCAAAAAUAAAAUAUGUCAAAUUGUUUCUUCUCACUACACACAACAGCACAGCAUGGUUAAAUAUGAUGCUCUAAUGUAUGUACAACAGAGUUUUGAUGAUGACGAUGAAGAGCGGCCUCUCAGGACUCUUCCUCAUCGUCGUCCUCAGCAGUACUGUGUCUGGACUGGGAUCAGUCCUGUCACUAUCUUUCUCGCAUAUCCCAAGUCAUUACACCUGGCAGGACGCUCAAAGCCACUGCAGGAGCCACUACACUGAUUUGGCCACCAUCUAUACGAAGUCAGAUGCAGAUCAUAUGUACUUGAAGCAAUAUUAUGCAUGGGUCGGCCUGCACAGAGAAACAGGCAACCCCAAAUGGAUUUGGACUAAUGGACUAAACGACUACCUGGCUGCCUGGGCGAAUAAUGAGCCACAGAACAGUGACAGCUGUGCUUUCGUCAGUUACAACAGUAAAAUGUUUUAUGGCAGCAAUUGUGGAGAAUCUCUCUUCUUCAUCUGUCAGAAGCACAUAAUGCCCAAUUUCCAAUACACAUUCAUACCACAGUCGAAGAAUUGGUCUGAAGCCCAGCAGUACUGCAAGAAAAAUUACGAUUAUCUGGCAGCUCUCACAGCAAACUUCGACAUGAACUCUGCUGUCCAUGAGGAGGACUUUCCAGUCUGGACUGGUCUGCACAGAGAUGAGGAAAUAUGGAAGUGGAGCACAGGGUUGUCAGAGUACAGAAAUUGGGCGUCAAAUGAGCCAGGGAACAACGGCGACUGUGUCUCCAUCUCCUCUUUGAAAAAAGAGAUGGCCACCCAAAGCUGCUCCGCCCGGUUUCCCUUCGUCUGUUUCAGGGACAACCUGGUCCUGGUAAAAGAGAACAAGACCUGGGAGGAGGCGCUGGAGCACUGCAGAGCCCUCGUGUCACAAUUCAACAUUCGCUAUGAGCUGGUCAGCGUGCAGCCUGGAAAAGACCACAAACAUUUGAUGACCAGGAUCACAGAGGCCGUCACUGAGAAGGUGUGGACAGGUCUCCGUUUCCUGGCUGGUCAUUGGCUGUGGGUGAACGGGGCGGAUAUGUUGUACUCUGACCUGCCCGUCUGCCCCACUGAGGGGCAGCACUGCGGAGCCUUAUCCAAGAAUGAAACGGGCAGUGUGGAGAGCACAGACUGUUUGGAGAAAAUGAACUUCCUGUGUUACAGCACAUGGUAAUGACAUCACGCAUUUACAUCAGGGUGGUCACUACCAGAUCCCCUUUGCAUUCUCCAAGUUUGUGUUCACAUGCUGUUCAACUUGGUACAAAGCUUCUUCAGAUGGUAGAUAUACAACGGUGUAAAAAGGCUUUGACCACAUGAAUAGAAUAUGUAUCCCACUAAGGAAUAACUUUGCAAAUGUUUAAUCAAACUUUGUUAGAAUGAGAACAUGAAUGAUUUUUCUUCCUGAAAAUGUUAUCUAAUCUUUGAGAAAUCUUCUAACUCAACUCUGUGAGUGCGAGUGUGUCUCUUGUAGAUCAGCUCAGUAAAAGUUAUGCAUUGCUUUGUAAGUGCUCAUUAAAACCAACUG